AUGAAUGAAACCUUUAGCAAAUGCGAUGGCACCGACGAACCACUUGAUGUAUCAUACAAAAGAUCAUGCCCAUUAGGUAUCUAUGAUUGCAGAGAUAUACAGAUUAAUAGAAAUUCUUUACAGGAACAUUAUUUGUCUGAACAACAUCAAAGAAGUCUCGUCAGACGUAUACAGCAGUUUAUCGAAAGUACGAAUGAUGAUUCCACGAAAACAAAUAUAGAUAAAGAUAAAGAAAAUACUUCAAUACAAUCAAUUUAUGAGAAACUAUCAAUAUUGACACAAAAUAUAGAAACGACUUAUGAUACACUUGAUCAACUCAGCAGCGAUGUACAUCGAUGUAACAAUCAAAAUUGCAUUCUUGCUUCAGAAUUGAAAGACAUAAAAGAUGCAUAUACAUUAGAGAAUGCUCAUAUUAAUGCGUCAUCACUUAAUCAAAAUGUUUUAAAACACGAUAUGAUAGAUUUGAAAGAAGAGAUAAAUAUUGCGAACGAAAGAAUACAUGAUGAAUACAAUGGAAUGAUGGUAUGGAAAAUAACUGACAUACAUGAAAAAAGAACUGAUGCUCAGUCGGAAAGAAAAACAAGUGUUUAUUCAUAUCCUUUCUAUACUUCAAAGUGCGGGUAUAAAUUAUGUCUUCGACUCUAUCUCAAUGGAGAUGGUGCAGCACGAGAUACUCAUUUAUCGCUUUUUCUUGUCAUUCUUCGUGGUGAAUACGAUGCACUAUUGGAAUGGCCAUUUUCUUAUCGAGUAUCCUUUUGCUUGUGUGAUCAAAGAACAAUGAUUGAAACAAAUGGAACAACUGAACCUAAACAUAUUAUUGAAUCUUUUCGACCUGAUCCUAAUAGUGUAAGUUUCAAAAGACCUACUUCAACAAUGAAUAUUGCAUCUGGCAUUCCAAAAUUCUUCCCAUUAGAUCAAUUCAAUCGACCAGCAAAUGAGAAUUUAUAUGUUGUAAAUGAUACAAUUUUUAUAAAAGCUAUGAUUGAUUUUGCGAAAGUACCUCGUUCACUGCUUCCUUUUAUUUUUCGUAUGGAUAUUUCUUUACCUGAACAUAUAAGACAAAAAUUAAUCGAGAAUGAAAUAGAACGUCGUCAAAUACAAAAUAUUAACUGA